AUGGGUUGUGGAAUGAGCACGGAGGACAAGGAGGGCAAGGCCCGCAACGAGGAGAUCGAGAACCAACUGAAGCGGGACAAGAUGAUGCAGCGCAACGAGAUCAAGAUGCUUCUUCUGGGUGCUGGUGAAUCCGGAAAGUCGACGAUCCUGAAGCAGAUGAAGCUCAUCCACGAGGGCGGCUACUCGCGUGACGAGCGGGAAUCCUUCAAGGAAAUCAUCUUCAGCAACACGGUGCAAUCGAUGCGCGUCAUUCUCGAGGCUAUGGAAUCGCUUGAGCUGCCCCUCGAGGACCAACGCAUGGAGUACCACGUCCAGACCAUCUUCAUGCAACCCGCUCAGAUUGAAGGCGACGUUCUGCCCCCUGAAGUUGGAAGUGCCAUCGAGGCUCUGUGGAAGGACCGCGGUGUUCAGGAGUGUUUCAAGCGCUCUCGCGAAUACCAGCUUAACGAUUCCGCGAGAUACUACUUCGACAACAUCGCUCGUAUCGCCGCCCCCGACUACAUGCCCAACGACCAGGACGUCCUGCGAUCGCGUGUCAAGACGACGGGUAUCACAGAAACCACAUUCAUCAUCGGCGACCUGACGUACCGAAUGUUCGAUGUCGGUGGCCAGCGAUCAGAGCGAAAGAAGUGGAUCCACUGCUUCGAGAACGUCACCACAAUCCUCUUCCUCGUCGCCAUUUCCGAGUACGACCAGCUCCUGUUCGAGGACGAGACUGUCAACCGUAUGCAGGAAGCCCUGACGCUUUUCGACUCCAUCUGCAACUCAAGAUGGUUCAUUAAGACAUCCAUCAUUCUGUUCCUCAACAAGAUCGACCGUUUCAAGGAGAAGUUGCCCGUCAGCCCGAUGAAGAACUAUUUCCCCGACUAUGAGGGUGGUGAUGACUACGCCGCGGCAUGCGACUACAUUCUCAACCGAUUCGUCAGCCUGAACCAGCAUGAGACCAAGCAAAUCUACACGCACUUCACCUGCGCGACAGACACAACCCAGAUCCGCUUUGUCAUGGCGGCAGUGAAUGACAUCAUUAUUCAGGAGAACCUGCGGUUGUGCGGUCUGAUUUAA